CGGGACCCGAGGUGAGCACGCACAGUUUAAACUCCAUCUAUGAGAGAUUAAGGCAGGGACACUGGGUACUCAUUCACCAGUAAAGAACGCACGCGGCAAAGACAGUUCGAAAGGAUGUGCGUGCUUCCGCGCGGCCAGAUGUCAUCUACUGCAGCGUGAGAGAGAAGAAGAGCCGGGGGACACUGAGGAAUAGAAGACCCCGGACACAGAAUAUCAGCGGAACAGUUAAAGACCGCGGAAGUAAAGGACUGUGGACACCCGCCAGUCAAGACUGAAAGAGACCUGAAAGAGGCCGCAGCUCUCUCUCACCGUCUUUUGAUCUCUUCUCUUUAUUUCUCUCUCAGUCCCGCUCCCUCUCUAAUGGGAGUAACUUAGAACACGCUGUUCCAUCUCACGCCCCCGUCCCCCUCCCUGUGUUUCUGUGGUGAUGGAAGCGCCCAGCAGGAAGUGAUGUCGUGGAAGAGGAACUACUUUGCGUCGGGCGGUGGCAGCGGGAGUCCCGGUGGAGGGCUACAGGGCCUGAUCACGACUCCGCGGACUAUGGCCUCCUUCGCCCCGAGUAAAGGCCUGAGCAAUGAACCUGGACAGAACAGCUGCUUUUUAAACAGUGCCCUGCAGGUUCUGUGGCAUCUGGAUAUCUUCCGUAGAAGUUUCCGCCAGCUGACCACUCACAAGUGCAUGGAAGACUCUUGCAUCUUCUGUGCCCUCAAGAGUAUCUUUGCCCAGUUCCAGUUCAGCAGUGAGCGUGUGUUACCGUCGGACGUGUUGCGGAGUGCGCUGGCCAAGACCUUCCAGGACGAACAGCGUUUCCAGCUGGGGAUCAUGGACGACGCAGCAGAAUGCUUCGAGAACCUACUGAUGCGUAUCCAUUUCCACAUCAGCGCCGAGACCAGAGAGGACAUCUGUACAGCUAAACACUGUAUACCACACCAGAAGUUUGCCAUGACGCUGUUCGAACAGUGUGUGUGUAAUAGUUGUGGAGCCUCGUCGGACCCCCUCCCCUUCAUUCAGAUGGUUCACUACAUCUCUACCACGUCCCUCUGUAACCAGGCGGUGAGGAUGUUAGAGUGCAGAGAGAAGCCCACCCCAGACAUGUUUGGAGAGCUGCUCCGUAACGCCAGCAACAUGGGAGACCUACGCAACUGCCCAAGUAACUGUGGGGAGGUGUUGCGUAUUCGCCGUGUGUUGAUGAACUCUCCAGAGAUAGUGUCCAUCGGCCUGGUCUGGGACUCAGACCACUCUGACCUGGCUGAGGAUGUCAUUCACAGCCUGGGCACCUGUCUACGCCUGGGGGAUUUGUUCUACCGUGUGACAGAGGAGAGGGCUCGUCAGGCUGAGCUGUACCUGGUUGGUAUGGUGUGUUACUAUGGUAAACACUACUCCACAUUCUUCUUCCAGACUAAGAUACGCAAGUGGAUGUACUUCGACGACGCUCAUGUCAAAGAGAUCGGUCCUAAGUGGAAGGACGUGGUGGCACGCUGUAUAAAGGGUCACUACCAGCCUCUAUUGCUGCUCUAUGCUGACCCCCGGGGGACGCCGGUGGUAUCGCAGGACAGCCCCUCCUUCUCUAACCCCCAGCUGGACCUGCUGCACUGCAGCAAGGCUGGCUAUGACAGCGAGGACUCUGGGCGGGAGCCCUCUAUAUCCAGUGAUACCCGUACAGAUUCCUCUGACAGCUCCAGCCACCGAGCAUCUCGAAAUCGCCCUCUACACCAGUCAACAGGCAGCCACCUGUCCAACGAAUCGCAGACCACAGUGGUCGGUAAACAUGACAACGGCACGCCCCUACACAGCGCAGACGCAACAGACUCAGUAACAGAGGCCCCCCCCCGCCCCCCCUCCCCUACCCUGCAGCAGGGGGACUAUAAAGAGACAGCCGUGUUCCUCCUCUCCUCUCGUCGUCCCAUGUCGUCAUGCUCUUCCUCCCAUCCUUUCUCCUCCUCCUCCUCCUCCUCCCACCCCCCCUCCUCUACCUGUUCCUAUCCCGUCUCCUCCUCCUCUUCCUCCCGUCCCAUGUCCUCUUCCUCUUCCUCGGGUAUAGGGGGAUCUGUGCUGGGUUCUGAGGCAGGGGCCGUGGGGCCUCCCUGGGAGGAUGAGAGCACUAGCAGCGAGUCCAAGUCUAGUUCUUCUGGUGGUCGAUGUUACCGGCCAGCCUGGAGGCCACGGAGGGAGGCCCUGAACAUCGACAGCAUCUUCACCCGCCAGAGAGGCUCUCCGCUGGGCUACAGCACCCUGCCCGGGCCCCGUCUACCUCCAAAGCUCCAUCAACACUGUCCAACUAACACGCCUGAUCUGCAGGGGGCAGGAGAGGUGGCCUGGGGUGUAGCGGGCUUGGGGGGACACAUUGGCGGGGUGGCCGGUGUGGCAGGGAUGCCUGGGUUGCUAGGCAAUGGUACGGGCUGCCCCCCUCCUCCUCCUCCCCCGUUGAGAGGGGUGGAUCUUCAGCCCUGUCUGAUACAGAGGAUGGAGAGUGGUUACGAGAGCAGCGAGAGGAACAGCAGCAGCCCUGACAGGGAGGUAGGUCAGAAGCGUGUGCUGAUGUCUGGUCCGUCAUGGCGCUCGGUGCCCAAGUCCAAGAGCACCAGUGCCAUCCUGCAGGAGCUGCCAGCACCUAGCUGGGGCAGCAACAGCAACCUGGGCGCUGGCCGUAGCGAGCUGGAUGAGCUUCAGGAGGAGGUGGUGAGGAGAGCGAGGCAGCAGGAGCAGCAGAGGAGGAAAGAGGCGGAGAGAGAAGCUGCCGUAGGAUUCAACCCCAGACCUUCCAAAUACAUGGACUUAGACCAGCUGCAACACCAGGCUGUGCUCAGCCCCUUGCAUGAGGCUAAUGCUCAUAGUGGAUUGGCUGUAGCUGCGUGCAUGAGGAGCCCUUGGGAACCAAUCACACAGGAUCAGGAUAUGGAGCAGGAGACAAGAAGCGCCCGUCCACAGGGGCAUCGCAGUGAACAGCCUGGCCCGCUCCAAGUACUGCUGACGCCCAAUCAGGAGGGGGAAGAGGUCCGGCCAGCCUACCAGGAUGCAGCCCUGGGCCCUGGCCAGCCCCUUCUCUCCUACAGACCCUCCCCCAACCUCACCCCUCUCCACUCAUCCCUCCAACCCCCUCCCACCGACAACACCGCAGCACAGGUUGAGGAGGGGAGAGACAGCCUUUUUAGCGGGGGAGAGGGGAGAGAAUGGGUCAGGAGGGAGGAGGAUGUGGGGAUGAGUGAGGUCGGGGGACAGGGACUGAGGAAAGUUGAGGAGGAGGAGCGGUUGAGGAGGGGUGAGGAAAGGCAGGGGGUGAGGCUGGAGGAGUUGUUACAGGUCGGGGGUGUGUGUGUGAGACCUCUAGGCAGACACCUGGCCAUCUCUCUUCCCUCUUUACCCCUCAGACUCUGGGAUAUAUCAGACACACACACUACCCCCUCACACACACAUUCACCGUCUGACCCCCAACACACACGACCCCCACCCCCACAUUCAAACACAGACUCCCCACACAUGUAUACAGACCCUAAGCCCCCACACAAACAGUCUGACCCUCCGCCCACCCCCCCCUCAUCCCGCAGUCAGCCCCACCCCUCCCCGCCCACCGCCUCUUCUGAUUGGCCCAAUCAAGUUUCCACCUUCAACACCAUCACAAGUCAUUGGUCCUCCUGGAGCUUGGACCGCCCAGAUGCCGUGGUUACGCCAUAUGACACACCUCCAGAUCGCUGCCUCCCCAUUAAGGCACACCUCUCCCACAGAAAAUACAACUCCCAGCCUGCCCCUGCACAGCAUGAACCCUGUGACCCUGAGGAGGCAGAGUUAUCAGAGCUGGACUUCCUGUACCGGGCCAGUCUCCAGGCAGGAAGUAGAGGUGGCAGCCCGGCCGGGAGCCUGCAGUGUGGGGUAAGAGGGCCAGCCCGCUCCUUCACUCCCAACACGGAGGGGAGUGUGUACCAGACUGACAGCAGCAGCACAAUGGUCCGCAGUCUGAGCGGCACAGUCAUCAACCCGCGUCGCCACCGUCUCACCGCAGCACGCAGCUUUGAGAUGCCCAAUGGCGCGGGGAGUUUCUGGUGUCUGACGGGGGUGAAGCUGACUUCAGACCACUUAAGACAGUGGUCUUCAAACCACUGACGUGCCUCCAUAUGCAUCUACGCUACAGGCACCUCCCAGGGCAGCUCGCUGGGGUCCUUACCCUUCACACCGCUACAAGCACAUCCCACAUUGGACCUCUAGGGUCCUUACUUACCCUCCACACCACUACGGAGACCUCCCAGGGCAGCCUUCUAGGAUCCAAACCCUCCACAGUUCUACAGGCACCUCCCAGGGCAGCUCUAUGGGGUCCUUACCCUCCACACAGCUACAGGGACCUCCCAGGGCAGCUCUUUGGAGUCCUAAUACUCCACACCACUAAAGGCACCUCCCAGGACAGCUAUUUGCAGGUCCUUACCCUCGACACCGCUAAAGGCAGUUCCCAGGGCAGACAUCCGGGGUCCUAACUCUCCACACCGCUACAGGCAUCUUCCAAAGCAGCCAUGCACCUCACCCAACGCCACGAUAGGGGGUUGGUCUAGGACCCCCCCCCAACCCCAAACACACACCUCUCCCCACGUCCGUCCCUCAGUGGUCUACUAACAUCCCUCUACCCCCAUCUCGCACCCUCCGCCCUUCUUCAACUAUUCAGUCUAUGCAGUCAUUCUUAGUCCCCCUCAGCAGGAAUUACUCUGAAACCCAAAACAACAAACUCACCUAAUUACACUUCUAGCUAGCUAGCUUGCGACCUGCUAGCCUGUUAGCCUCCCAAUAUAGUCCGACUCUGAACAUUAUCCUGCUAGCCUUCCCCUCUUUGGGCCUAUAAAGGAGGGAGUAGAUUAGCUUGCUAGGAUUAGCCUAUGAUCUCCCUGCUUUAUCUGCCCCAAUCAGAGGGGCCCUGGAACCUUGAGGUGACCGAAAGAUCCACAGGGGGAGGAGGGGGUUACCGAUAAGCCACGGCUUCUUCCUUUUACUUUAUGGGCAUUUCCUGUCUGAUGACAGCACAGCACACCUGGAUAUGUUGUUUCCAAGGGAACCCCAGGACCAGUGCAUACGUGCCUACAUAGCUACGUAUAGACGGAACUCUAAUAAUAACUAAAGUCAUGUACAGAAAAACGAUAUAUGAAACCUGUAUGUUAUUAAGACCUUAUGGAAUGUUCAUACUAAUAAUGAUAAUAAUGAAGAUAUUGAUAACUUUAGUGGUGACUCCUGGUCCUGGAUUGAGUGACCUUCACAAGUGUCCAGCUGGAGGUCACCUGACUGACCGUUGUAACGGCUAACGCUGCUCUCCCAUUUCUAUCGGGAGAAACUACCUUCCUUUUUCCUUUUUUUAAAUUUCAUUUAUUUUUUUUUACAGAUAACGGUAGCUAAACGGAACAAACUUUUGCACACCUGAUGUAACGUGAGAGAGAGCGAGAGCUUUGACCGAGCGAGGGUAAGGGAACUAAAUUGUCAUUUGGGAAGUGUGUUUGCUGAAAUGUACUUAGGAAAGUGUACCAGCUGAACGGUACUUGCUGAAGUGUACUCGAUGAAGGGUAAAUGUAAUCUAAUUUAUUUGAGGCCUCAGGUUAACAUGAUUGGUUCUUAGUUACUGAGAUUCUCUAUCUUCUUCUGGACCUUUCCGUUCAGCUCUGACCCUGAUGUUACUCAGAUAUGAAUGGUGAACUACACUAUAUUAUAAAUAUACUUCAUAUGUGUACUGUAGGUAUUGUCUCUCAUGCUCCAGUUAUAACAGGGUUCUCUGACUUACCCCUAACUGAAUAACACUGACAUGUCUUGAAAAUGUUAUGAUAUGAUUUAACCUGCUGAACAUGUUAUGACAUAUGUACAUAUAAUAUGUAUGUAUAUACAUAAUAAGUACAUACAUUUAAUACAUUAUAACUAAUCCCUAUUUGGAGACCAAUGGCCAGUGCAGAACGAGAUCUAGACAGAAAUGAUAAAUGAUUGUUGUAUCUAAACCAAAGGUUGGCACUUAGACAAAGACACAGCUCUCUGUCUGUCUUUUAACAUUGUGAUUUAAAAAAAGAAAUGUAUUUAUUAAUUUGAUUAUUUUGUUGCUGUUUGUGUUGUGGAUGUUGGAGAAUGUAGCCAACUGUAGCGCAUGAGUCUGCUAUGCAAAUCAACCUUCCCUCCUGACCCUUGACCUCUGACCUGACAGAUAGGAAGCAGGAAGUGGACACGCCCACGAACGGACUCUUUAUUUAUGAAUUUAAGUCAAGAAGAUACGUGAUUAAAUGCUGCUGUUGAAUACUGUACUAAGUCAUAGGCUCGGUUCCAAAUGACACCCGUCUCCCUAUAUACUACACACUACUUUUGGCCAGAGCCCUACAUAGGGAAUAGGGUGUGAUUUCCGAUUCGCACCAUAUACAUACAUAGUACUGAAGUGGUUCACUAUGUAGUAAGAAGGGAUAAUGUAUACCAGGGGUAUUCAACUCUGACCCUACGAGGUCUGGAGCCUGCUGUUUUUCUGUUCUAACUGAUAAUGAAUUGCACACACCUGGUGUCCCAGGUCUAAAAUCAGUCCCUGAUUACAGGGGAACAAUGAAAAGAUGCAGUGGAACUGGCUUCGGGGUACAGAGUUGAGUUCGAGGGCUGUAUACUAUGCUAGGAACAGUCAAUGGAAAUUCAAUGCAAAGAGAGAGUGGAAGAAAGAGAGCGAUGGCGAAUGAAAGAAAGUACAUAGAGAGGAGAUAAAAUGAUGUACUGUUUGUGUGUGAAAUAGAGAUGAUGUGAGGAUGAAAGAGGGCUAGGAGUCGUUUUUAGAGAGCGAGUUGUAUGUGUUUGUGUGUGUGUAGGGUGUUUGUGUGUGUUGGUACUGGGUAUCAUUGCUUGGCGAACGAGGGAAAGAGGGAUCCUGUAUUUUUGCAAUAAAGUUAUUACCACUGCUCUCUUAAUGGGGCGUAACCACU